CUCCAAUGGCAUCGAAUAAAGGCUGGCAAGGAGAUUCAAGACAUUCCAGUGGAUCAUCGCCAUGGCCUAUUCGAUAAUGGUCGUGAAUUGCGCAUCAAUGAGGUUAACAAGGAAGAGGAUGAGGCCGACUACCGAUGCAUCGCACGCCUCGAUGAGGCAGUCUCCAACACGACGAUCGCAUUGAAAGUCUCGCGCGCCCCAGUGAUUCAGGACUUCAUCCUCAUGCGCCAAGUUCGCCACGGUGAAGACAGUUUGGCAUAUGUUUGCAUGCCGAUGAACCAGGCUGAUAGGCCUUGGUAUGCCUGGUGGCAGUUUCAGCGCGACGGCUCCACCGGAAUCGUCUCGCUGCCGCCUCCGGAGCACGGAGGCCAUAACCGCUUCUUAGUUUCUGCUGCCUCAGAUGGAAUAGAUUUUGCAUAUCCCGCGACACCUAUCUCUCUGUCCCCACCGUUCCGCCUUCAUUCACACCCGCUUCUUUGUCUGGCACUCAAAGUGGCUUCUGUUAGUGGACUUGCGGGAUAG